UUUUCUUGGCAUGUUCAGUGGCAUCAUGACAGUGUUUGAAAACUGUACUGUAGUGUUAGAUGUGAAGAAUGUCCCUUAUAAAGAGAAGAAGAAUCUGAAAUCAGCUCUUCUGGAAAAUGGAGGAAACAUAUCUUAUGUCAUCAACAAAGAGUGCUCUUUUGUAGUCACUAGCAGUGUGAAUGACCUGAGCAGUAACCGGCAGCGCAGCAUCCAGAAGCUCCGGAUCCCAGUGGUUGGGACGCAGUAUGUGUGGUGCUGUCUGGAUGAAGGGCAUCUCCUGCCUUUGCCGGAGCAUGAUUUGGCCCCACAGCUGGCUUAUCCCACCUCUGAAUUCAUCUCUUGUCCAGAGGGAAAAGUGUCGACCCAGAUACAACAAAAAGAGGAGUUCAAAGAUCAGCCUGAACUCUCAAAGAUUGAGAUUGGGACUCUUGAGAAGGGCGGACCCAGUCUUAGCAGGUUCAGAUUUUACAGAGGCGGCGACCAUGAGCUGCCUGAAUUUCCUUCACAUUUUCAAGUGGCCAAGUAUUCAGUUUUUGAGCAGGUCAAACCCAAGACUUUGUCUGUUUUGGAGCUGCAGAGUGCCAGAGGACGAAAAGGCCAGCAGUAUCGUGUGUUGUCUUCAAUCUUGCAUGAAGCUGAGAGCGCAGUGGUGCAGGACAAGCUUGUGUACUGCGUGACGUCUGAGGACGCUGUGGAAGCGUAUCUGCUGCUGAUGAAGGAGAUGGAGACACAGGGAUUCACAAGGACUCACACCCUUCCUCCUGAGGUUGAACGAUUGGCGUCCUACAGCCUGCAGCAGCUUCUGUUGGAGGAGAAGCUGAACUCCAGCUCAUUAUCACAGCAAGUUGGCGUCUUUGUGGAGCUGGUUUGGACCGAAGCUCUCGGUUCCCUUAGUGACAUCCUGACAGUCCCUGUCUCCAGAAUCAGCCUUAAUGAUGUGAGCAGGGUGGAGGGAUUGUUACUGCAGGCACAAAAGACUCAGAAAGAGGAUGAAGUCAAGGCCCUGCUAGAGGAGGUCAACACUCUUCUACCCCUCAGAAUGAUCGACCCUCCUUCCAAACACAAGCUUGUGUCUCAGAAACUAGAUCUUUGUCAGCUGAUAAGAGACAUUUUGAAUGUGAGUGAAGCCACUCUGGGAAGCCCCUCGCCCUCGUCUCUGGGAAAGUAUCGAGCUCUGAGGUGCAGCAUUGAGGUUGUUCCACCACAAAACCCUGAGUUUCAUGUUGUCUCUCAACUGCUUCAUGAAAGGCCUGUUCAGAUUCAGCAGAUACUGCGUGUAAGCAGAGGGGUGGAGCUUCAAAUGUUUUGGGAGGAUAUAGGCAACAUUAAGCCUCUCCUUCACUCCACUAGUCCCAGUAGUUUUGUUGGAAUACUGUCACGAGGUCUGCUGCUGCCCAGAGUUGGAGUCGAACAGCAUGGAAUUGAGAGGACGGAUAUCGGGAAUCUUGGAGGAGGAAUCUACUUCAGUGACUCUCUAAACACUAGUGUGAAAUACUCCAAGCCCAGUGUAACUGACGGCUCUCGGUUGUUGUUGGUGUGUGAAGUGGCGUUGGGUCGGUGCAAAGACCUGCUGAAGAAAGACACCACUUUGACCUGCGCCCCUGAAGGCUACCACAGUGUACAUGGAGUCCACCGCACACCCAACAGACUCUCUGAAUUUGAGGAUGAUGAGUUUGUUGUCUAUAACACAGAGCAGAUCAGACUGAAGUAUGUGGUUCAGUACACUCUGGAGGGAGACGAGUUAAAAGAGUUCCAGCCUCAUAUCAACACAGUUGUGGAGCUCACACAGCUCACUGACACGUCUGACGUCUUGUCCAGUGAUGACAGUGAGGGUUUGGAGUCCACUAAAAACCCUCUGGAGGAGAUGACUGCAGGUUUGCUGGACAGCAAUGGUCAGAAAAUUCCUCUUCAGGCCGUCAAUGUGAGGUGCAAGCUGAUGGACCUGCUGUGUCAGGUCAUCAUUUUUCAGACCUACACAAACAAGAGUGCUGUUCCCAUUGAAGCAAAGUACGUCUUUCCACUGGAGGAGACGGCAGCAGUGUGUGGAUUUGAAGCCUUUAUCAAUGGAAAACACGUCGUUGGAAAGGUAAAGGAAAAAGAGCAGGCUCGUAAGGAGUAUAAGCAAGCCAUAGAGAAGGGCCAUGGAGCCUACCUGAUGGACCAGGAUGCACCUGAUGUAUUCACUAUCAGCGUGGGGAACCUUCCUCCCGGAGCCACAGUUUUGAUCAAGGUGACGUUCAUCACUGAGCUGGUGGUGAGAUCAGGCUCUAUAGUCUUCUCACUGGCUGGCAGCGUGGCACCAUGGCAACAGAGCGCCGCCCUUAAUAUGACAACUCAGACAACUGUUGAAAAGAUUGGUGUGACGGAGCUUCAGUCAGAGGGGGAGUUUUCUCUGUCUAUGUCCAUCGAAAUGCCUUACGAGAUCAUCAACUUGAGUUCUUCACACCGCAUCAAAACCAAGAUGACCGACUGUAAGGCAGUGGUCAGCACGUUACCGGGACAGACUCUUGGAUCUGAAGGGUUACAGGUGUCCUUCAGUCUUUCUAAUAUCCACAUGCCCAGGAUGUGGGUCGAGAACCAUCCGGAUAAAUAUAGUCAGGCCUGCAUGCUGGUGUUUUAUCCAGACUUUAAGUCAAGCGGGGUUUCCAGCUCUGGAGAUCCGUCCAGUGUGAGCGAUGUGGUGAUUCUACUGGACUCCUCCAAGUCCAUGCGGGGAGACGCCAUGCUGAACGCCCGCAGGAUUGCCCUUCAAGUCCUCAAAUCUCUGGACCGCUCACUGAAGAUCAACAUCAUCUCUUUCAGCACUGAUUACAAGGAAGCUUUUCCUGCUCCAGUGCCUUUAGAUGAAGCCUCUGAACCAGCCAGAAAAUUUAUUAUGUCCUGUAGUGGCGCUGGUGGCGGCACUGAGCUGUGGCGGCCUCUCCAGAGCCUGAGCCUGCUGUCUCCCUGCCGGGGCGUGAGGAACAUCCUGCUACUCUCUGAUGGACAUGUUCAGAACCAGCCUCUGACCCUACAGCUGGUCCGAGAAAACUCCUGCCACACGCGCCUCUUCACCUGUGGACUCAGCUUGACAGCUAAUCGUCAUAUGCUCAGAGCUUUGGCUCAAGCAGGUGGAGGAACAUGUGAAUUUUUUGACACAAAGAUGAAACACACUUGGGCAGAGAAGGUGCGCGCUCAGGUUCAGCGUAUGGAGUCUCCAGGCUGCAGAUCAGUGGCAGUGAAGUGGCAGCAGUUUAAUCCCACAGCGCCUCCUCCUGUUCAAGCCCCCUCACAGCUUCACGGCCUCUUCAGUGACUGUCACACUCUCAUAUACGGCUUUGUGCCGCACUGCACUCAGGCCACACUGUUUGGAGAUUUGAGUGGGAAUGAGAUCAAAACAAUGGUUUCCACCACAGAACUACAAAAGACGAAAGGAACUUUCCUUCACAAGUUAACAGCAAGAGCGAUCAUCAGAGACUAUGAAGAUGGCAUUCUAGGCAACAGUGAAGCAGAACAUGAGGGGAAGAAAGCAGAGCUGAAGUCCUACAUCAUUGAGCUCAGUAAAGAGUUCUCCAUCUUGUCCCAGUUCACAAGCUUUGUCGCCAUCGAAGAGAGGGACCAGAAUGAUUCUGACACUGGAUUGACAGAUAUUCCUAAACUCAUAUCAGAAGAGGAUGUGGAUAUUUUGCCAUAUAUGGGCUGGACUGAAGAGAAGCUCAUGGCUCAGCAUAGUAUUGGUGCCGAGGAAGAUGACAUAUGGUUGAAAUCAGAGGAAUGGUCCAGUAGCAACUUCAAAUCUAGUCUUCUGGAAUUGGAUUGUACUGAAUCUGAUGAGGGGGAUGGCUAUGAACAAAUGUGUUGUGUUCUAGAAGCAGCGCUUGCAGCUCCCCCUGUCCAUGAGUCGUUGUCAAUGGAAUCUCUCUCCAUGACUCACAGCCGUCCUCCUCCUGGUGCCAUGAUGCGCGUCCCUUUCUCCAUGAGUGGCAGUCUUCCUCCUGCUACAAAUCUUGACACCUCAGUGCCUUCUUUUAUGGAUUCCAUUUUGGACUCUUCUCUCCGUAUGUCGAAGCCCAUGUCUCUCUGCAGAACUCUCAGACCUCCUCCUCCUGCUUCCGCCCAGAAGUCUGUAUCUUUUUCCAUGAGUGACAGGGGCUUGCUGGCUCCCCCUCUUCCUGCUGCCUCUGUUUCCUUUGGUCAACCUAAAACCUGUAAGCUUGCCAUUGGUGUGCCAAAUGCCAUUGCAUACGGGGGCGCUCCUGCCAUUCUGCGAGAGACAACUGAGCCUCUAGAAUUGGAGUGUUCUGCUUUCUCAGCCUUUAGCUUUGGAGCAAUAUCUCGGCAACAACAAAAACGCUCUGCGUUUUCUGCACCUGACAGUACUGGCUUUCCUAUUCAAAUACGGAAGAAAUCAUGUCGUCUGGGAAAAAAAAUCAGCAAGCCUGACACCGUUGCCUGGAAGGAGCUGUUUGAGCUUCAACAUGAGGAUGGAUACUGGGAGUGCACUGAGAGACUGAGCAGCUUCCUCAACCUGGACGUAGACUUUUUUGCCAAUGUCUUCCUUCAGGAGAAAGGCAUCCGUUCCUUUGGUGUGAAGGCUCAUGCUGAAAUUCUGAGACUGGUGGCGACUCUGCUGGUGCUGCAGCUGAUCCGGGUGAAGAAGCUGGCAGUGGGACAGUUGCUGGAGUCUCUCCUCCGGCUGAAAGAGUCUCAGGAGCCCAGACCGAUGCACUGGGAGGCAGUGAAGAGGGCCGUGGACUGGGCCUGUCGGACAGACAGACAGUAUCCGUGUGUGUGCAGCAGGCUGGAGAUCGGCCGGGAUUGGGAAUCAUCUACACGUCAGCUGCUGGGCUGUGAUUCUCCACACCCAUAUUCCCCUCUCAAACCUGUUCUGGAGAGACGUGCGUGUGUAUCAGUCAUGUAGGAACUGGACACACACUUCCCCCUUCAUUUACAGUUGCUCUUUGUUUAAAGGGUUAGUUCACCCAAAAAUGAAAAUUCUGUCAUUUACUCACACUCAAGUCGUUCCAGAUCUACAAAACUUUCGUUCAUCUUCAGGACACUAAUGAA